AUGGUUCCGCUCCUCUCGCUCCUCGCCGCGAGCUCCGCGCUGUGGCUGGCCUGCGCGAAUCAUGCUGAUGGAGCACCCAUCCCUUCGAGUCUGCAGAACAUCCUAAAGAAUACCCAUGGAAGCAAGGAAUACGAGUAUCCGACAGAUUUCACCAGGGGGAUCAUGCCUAUCCCUGUUCACUCGCACAAUGAUUACUGGCGAGAUGUUCCUUUUUACACCGGUACGUCUUGCGCUGGUAAAAGGGGCACCACUGACUAUCAAAUAGGCCUGUCGAGAGGCUGCAUGUCUACCGAAGCCGACGUCUGGCUGUAUAACGAUACCCUCUACGUGGGCCAUGACCAGUCUUCUCUGACCGAAGAGCGAACGCUAGAGUCGCUGUACAUUAAUCCGAUACUGGACGUCCUCAAGCGUCAAAAUCCAAAAAGUGCUUUCGUAACCUCGCCAACUAAAAAUGGCGUAUGGGACACUGCUCCAGAGAAAACCCUCUACUUCUUCAUCGAUGUAAAGACAUCCGGAGAGGAAACCUUCCAGGCCGUCAUCUCAGCCCUUGAGCCGCUGCGUGAACAAGGCUAUCUCACCACCAUAACGGACAACAAGACCAUCACCAACGGCGCGGUCACCAUCAUCGGCACCGGCAACACCCCGUUGAAGAUGGUCGGCCCCGUCGCAAACCGAGACUACUUCUACGAUGCGCCUCUUGCCUCAUUAGACGAACCGGAGUACGCCGACAUCACCUCGUUGAUCUCGCCCAUCGCCUCGGCAGACUUCGAGGCCGUCGUGGGCACCGUGACCGCCGAUACGGACCCGGUCUUGAGCGAUCGGCAGCUCAACACGAUCCGCGACCAGAUCGCCGCUGCGAAGAGCAAAGGCAUUGGAGCCCGCUACUGGGACACCCCUUACUACCCGGUCAGAAAGCGUGAUGCGCUGCCCGCAGACGUGAAGCUCACUGUUCGCCAUGUUUCGUCGACGCCCGCUCCGUGUGCGGCCCUCUUCGCGCCCGCCCCGGGGGACAGCGCGGAAGCGACGUUCUGCGCGAGCCACUUCUUGGCGGUGUCGAUCGAUCAGCAGUCUAGCGGCCAGGAGCUGAUGGUGUUUGGGAUGGAGGUGCUGGUCUACAGCAGUGCACACCUGACGACCGUGUUUGUCUCCAAGGCCGACUCGACAGGCUACCUGAUGAGCCCUGGCCGACGGGCGACGACGGCGACGACGGCGACGACGGCGACGACGACAACGGCGCCCAAGGUUUCCGUGCUGCGGGUAUUAUCCAGCACGUUUCUCUCCUAUCUGGUGCAGACGCAUCAGCGGCCGGGCGUGCGGUUGGUGCUUUCGCUGUUUGCCCGCGCCCAGAACCAGUACCUUUUCCCUGGGAGUGUUGAGAAUCCAGCGAAACAUGUUUUGGACGACCGGGGGUUGAUCCGAUGGUGGUGCCGGGCGGUCGAUCCGAUCUUGCGCGAAUAUGAGCCGGAGUCGUCUGCGUCGGCAGAUGAGAAAGAGUUGCUCGACCGGGUGAUGGAGUCGGAUAAGACGUCCGCCACGGCGUUCCUGAUCGUGCCCGGGUGCGAUAGGUUUGAGACGCGCGGGUUUUUCCCCGGCAGUGCGCGGUCGGACGACAAGGACCGGCCGAGAUGGGUGAACGCAUACCCUGUGCGACAACUGUGCAAGAACCCGGCCGCGCCGCCUCGGUGUCUGGUCCCUCGGUUUCCCGACGAUCCGAAGACGCGGUUCCUGGUCGAUUUGGAUGAUGAGCUGCCCGAGGAGAAGACGGAGACCGGUGAUGCCCCUUCGUCGGCGGCCGGCCAAUGGCGGAGUGUCAAGUCGUUAGAUCAGUUCUGGGAGAUGAUGUCGUUUCGACAAGAGUGCUCUGCGGGGAGACUGGUUGGGUUUCUGUGGUUGGUUUUGAACCCGCCGGGCCUGAUCAAUUCGAUUCCCAUGUCAAGCUCGGCUCUGCCUGCUGCCAGCGAAGUCCCAGGCACGACCUCGGGGUUGGGAUCGGUGGUGUCCGACGGAGCGACUCGGCAGACUUCCUCUACGGCGGCGAUCGGCAGUGACACGACUGCGUUUUUCUGGCCACAGCCAGGCCGCGGACACGUUGUGCUUAGCGAAACCGACUACAAAGCAGCCAUGGAUCUGCUACUUUCCAAAGACUUUGAGACCGAGGAGCUCGCCGUCGCCAGCACCAAAGUAUGGUCCGACAAGGUCGCCUCCCUUGCAGACGAACUCUGGGUCGGUCAACGCAUCGUCGGUCAGAGAGAGGAGGCUACGGGGCAAGACGCAGCGAUAUCAAGCGAGCCAACAGCCCUCCUGAACACCGGUUUGGUUCGCAAACGCAAGAAGAGCGAUGCGGCCGGUCAAUCCAACGUAGACGACUCGACACCUGCACAGGAACCCGGGGACGUGAAUGUGCUCAGCGCGAGCUUCAUCCGGAAAAAGAAGAAGACUUGA